UUGUUGCCUGUCCCCGCGCAGGAGCCGUUCCAUCGCCUCCUGAGGCGGCUGCGAUGGCGACGCCGAUUGAGAACUUUGUGUCUCUGCAGGUGGAGUUGCUAAAGGAGGAAAGAGAGGCCGAGAUUUCGGAAGCCAGGGCAUGGAAGGAAAGCAUCUCCCUGAGAGAGCUACAGCGCAGAGGAGUCUGCCUGCUGAAACUUGACAUAGCCAAUCAAAGAACUGGGUUGUAUGGCCGUCUACUUGUAACUUUACAACCUAAAAAACAUGGCUCAGAGGCAGAUCUGCCGUGUAAUAGUUUUGGGUCUGGCGAUAUUGUGGGUCUAUAUGAAAAUGCUGGCCAAGGCGAUCAGCUCUCCACAGGAAUUGUCACCCGUAUAGGCCCCAAAUCAAUCACUGUUGCAAUUGAUGAGCCUCAGAGUAACUUUGUGAGUUUAGACCAGGAGAACUCCUAUCGUCUGCUGAAACUUGCCAAUGAUGUUACCUACAAGAGGCUUAUCAGGGCUCUAAAUAAGCUUAGUCAGUAUCGCGCUGGUCCAGCAUCUGGUCUCGUCGAUGUCCUCUUCUGCACUUCUGAACCUAGUGACGCCAACGAUACACAGCCGUUGAAGUUCUACAAUGAAUCACUGGAUGCCUCACAGAAGGAGGCUGUUCACUUCUCACUGGCACAGAAAGAGGUUGCUGUCAUCCACGGGCCACCGGGAACCGGCAAGACAACGACGGUGGUGGAGAUCAUCCUCCAAGCGGUGCAGCAAGACUUGAAAGUCCUGUGCUGCGCUCCAUCUAACAUUGCAGUUGACAACUUGGUCGAAAGACUUGCUGGCCAUAAGUUGCGGAUCCUGCGCCUUGGUCACCCAGCUCGUCUCUUGGAGUCCAUCCAGCGCCAUUCUCUUGAUGCAGUCUUGGCACAUGGGGAUAAUGCUCAGAUUGUAGCAGAUAUCAGGAAGGACAUUGAUCAAGCAUUCGUGAAAACCAGAAAGACCCAAGACAAGGGGGAGAGAAGCCAUUUUCUAAAUGAGAUUAAGGCACUGAGAAAAGAGCUGAAGGAGCGAGAGGAAGCGGCUAUGACUGAAAUCCUGGCAAAAGCUAAUGUUGUUCUUGCAACAAACACAGGAGCCUCUUCCGAUGGCCCGCUGAAGCUACUUCCUGAGAACCACUUUGAUCUGGUGGUGAUUGAUGAAUGUGCCCAAGCACUUGAAGCAAGCUGCUGGAUACCUCUGCUGAAGGCCCCGAAGUGUAUCCUGGCUGGAGAUCACAAGCAACUGCCUCCCACAAUCAUCUCUCACAAGGCUGCCAUGAAAGGUCUUUCCCACAGCUUAAUGGAACGGCUGAUUCAGAGACACGGUGACCACGUUGUGAAGAUGCUCACUGUGCAGUACCGAAUGCACGAGGCCAUCAUGCAGUGGGCUUCCACCGAGAUGUACAAUGGCCGGCUCUCGGCUCAUCACUCCGUCGCACAACAUUUACUGAAGGACUUGCCAGGAGUGGCUUCUACAGACGAGACAAGUAUUCCAUUGCUGCUUAUAGAUACUGCCGGUUGUGGCUUAUUUGAGGUUGAAGUGGAAGAUGAACAGUCUAAAGGGAAUCAAGGCGAAGUGCGUCUUGUCGGCUUGCACAUACAGGCUUUGGUAGAAGCUGGUGUGAAGGCAAGAGAUAUUGCUGUCAUCGCGCCUUACAACCUCCAGGUGGAAAUGCUAAGAGAACUCCUGUGUCACAAGUAUCCAGAGCUGGAGAUUAAAUCAGUGGAUGGCUUCCAAGGAAGAGAGAAGGAGGCUGUGGUCCUCUCCUUUGUGAGGUCCAACAGAAAAGGUGAAGUGGGAUUCCUCGCUGAGGACCGGAGAAUAAAUGUCGCAGUUACCCGUGCCCGGCGCCAUGUGGCUGUGAUCUGUGACUCUCGAACCACUGGCAACCACAGUUUCCUUAAACGACUGCUGGACUAUAUGAGUGAACAUGGGGAAGUGCGCACAGCCUUUGAAUACCUGGAUGACAUUGUGCCAGAAAACUACGCUCCCAAGAACUCUCAGAGUCUUGGUGACCAAGAAAGGAGACUUAAGGGCGAUACCUUACCUGCCCCAAAGGCUGAUGAGGAGAAAGCAAGAAGAAAACCUGCCAAAAAGGUGGGCGAGAGGGCCGUAGAAUGUUCUGUGCAGAGCACAGCCAGGGUUACCACAGCGGGAACUGAGGUGAAAGAAAAUUCAUGUCACCAUAAAGCAAGGAUAUUGGAGUUUCUGGACAGUAGUGAGACCCAACUGGAUUUCCCUCCAUCAUUAAAUGCUCAUGACAGAUUGCUUAUUCACCAAUUGGCGGAGGAAUAUGGCCUGCAGCAUGUAAGCAUGGGAGAAGGUAGAGAGAGAUACAUAAGUGUUCGCAAGAAAGCCGUGUCUACAGAUGUCUCUCUGGGCAAUGUGAAGGCCUGUAAAGAAGAGUUACCGGACAGACCUCUAAGCCCUCCAAAAGAAAUUAACCACAGGAAAGAGAGAGGAAGCAGUACUGGUGCAGGGAAAGUGGAUCUGAAAGCAUUGCACAUGGAACGGCUGCAACGGGAGAAGGCCAAGAGAGAGGAGAGAGCAAAGCAAAGUCAGGAACUGAAUGUAAAACUGCAGGAAAUCACUGGGAAGAAACACAAAAGUGAAGCCAAAGGGAAUGCUACUGUUAAAGCCGGAGUGGAAAGUGCAACUGAGGAAGACUUUGAUGCUAUGAUUUCUGCUGCAAUUAAAGCUGACAAUACAUGUGGAUUCUCCAAGUGCAAAGCCAGUGUAACAACCCUGGGACAGCUCUGCCUGCAUUGCAAUAAACGCUACUGUCUCAGCCACCACAUCCCAGAGAUCCAUGGGUGUGGGGAGAAGGCCAAAGCCCAUGCCCGGCAAAGGAUCAGCAGAGAAGGUGUUCUGUAUGCUGGGAGUGGAGUGAAAGAUAAGUCCUUGGAUCCUGCCAAGAAAGCUCACCUCCAGCGGCGACUGGACAAGAAACUCAGCGAACUGACUAGCCAGAGGAAGAGCAAAAAGAAAGACAAAGAGAAAUGAGAGGGUUUGCUUUGUGAAGCCCUGAUUCCAGUCAGGUGCCAUCUCCAAACAACAUGCUCAGACUCCAGAGGAAAAAAACCAAUGAAGCUCUUAAACUUUUUAAAUUCAUCCCCCCUCCCAAUUGAAACCAGGAAUGUGCCCUUUAGCUUGACAGUUCUCAGCAGGCUGAAGACUGGUUCUCAUUGAAAAGCCCUAUCCACAGCUUUUAAACAAUGUUCCAAGUUGCACCUUGUCCUGCAAAAUGUAUUUAUACUGGUCAUGUCAAAUCUAUAAAGCAUUGUUGGUUAAGGAAGAAGGUGGGCAGCUUUUGUUUGGAGUAACUAUCUUUAUUGGUAAGGUAAUAAGUGUACACUGAGUGGGUGCAUAGUAAAUGCCUUGAACAACGAACUGUCCAUUUGACAUUCCAUGGUAAUGUAAUCAUCGUUCUCCACGGGACACUGAGCUUUCAUCACAACUGAGGAGGAGAGAGUAAUAGAAACAGCCCCAUAUGAUUCCCAAAAUUAAGAGAACAUAGACAGUAUUUUCAUUUCCCAAGCUUGCUAACUUUUAUGUUGAAGAUAUAAAUGAAGUUUUUGAGAGGACGUAGCUAAGGUUUCUCUGCUUAUGGCCGUACCUCAUAACUGAAAAGAGUGCAUUUGUACAAACAACUAAGAACUUAAAGCUAGAAGAAUAUUUUUUAGCUUACAGGUCCAACAAAUGUCAAGGGUUCCCAUACUAAUGGUGAUGAAACUGUUAACACACCAUGUGUUGUUGUUUUAAAAGCCAUUGCUCCCAAGUCCUGCACUUUGAACAGUUUCUGAAGCUUUUGAAUACUGAAUUUACAAUGGGGCAAAGAAUUUAUUAUUUAUUUAUCUUGCUGUAUUUUGUGGUUUUUAUUUUUGUAAACUGCCCAGAGAGCUUUGGCUACUGGGCGUUCUAGAAAUGCAAUAAAUAAAUAAAUGGAAUUCAAGUAAGAAGUCACUAAGAAUGAAAUGCCCUUGCCCAACAUAAUUGUUCACAGUGAAUUCAUUGCAAGUCAUUUGAAUGUUGAAGAAAGGUGUGGAAGUUGUGUGUUAGCAUGGAUAAAGGUG